GACUCGCGAGCAGCACAGAGAGAACCAGCUGGUUCUGCUGGUUCUGUCGGACCCCCACGGCGGUCCCGCGAGCCCCCCCCCACCCCCCACCCCCCCUUCAGCAUGGCGGAGCGGCAGGACCACGAGGUGGAGGAGGCGGACCACGUGUACCUGCUGAUGAAGGAGGACUACCGGAUCUCCAGGAACGUCCGUCUGGCCUGGUUCCUCAGUCGGCUCAACCAGGUGGUGUGUCCGGCCUCCGGGCCCCAAGUGCUGACCUCGGAAAACGAGCUGGACCUGCUGAGCGUCUUACCCAAAGGAUGGCAGGCGGAACUGCCCUCCUGCCCGGCCCCGCCCCCAGCCCCGGCCCCGCCCCCGCCCCCCUGCAGACUGACGCCGUCCACCCGAGCCACCUUCCUGGCCCGGCGGUACCGCUUCAUCAUCGAGCUGGACCUGAGCCCCUCCACAGGGAUCGUGGACGACAGCACUGGGGAGAUGAUCUUUGACGAGGUGUUCCACGCCCUGUCCCGGUGCCUCUCCGGCCUGGCCCAGCCGUUUCAGGUCCCCGGAACUGAUCAGCUGUUCAAGCCCAAGAUCUUCAUCACCAUCCUGGCGUACUCGUCCAUCAUCGGCCUCGCCUCUCACCAGGUUCUGGUCCAAGGGUGUCAGCUGGACCGGACGGACCUGGACGAGUUCCUGCUGCACAUCUACCAGCAGCUCAAGGCUCUGGAGAGCAACAUCGCCGACGUCCUCCACCAACAGCGCGAGCACGCCGCCCCCGCCAACGCCGACGACCCGCCGCCGCACAGGAGGCAAGGCGUCGCCAUGGUACCCGCCGACAUGGGGCUCGUCAGCAUGGUCCGACAGGGGAUCCUCGCCCUGCAGCUGCUGCCCCCCAACUCCAGCGCAGGCGUCAUCAUCAUCACCGACGGCGUGACGAGCGUCCCCGACGUGGCCGUUUGCGAGGCCCUGCUCAACCAGCUCCGGAGUGGAACCAUCGCCUGCUCGUUCGUGCAGGUGGGCGGAGCCUACUCCUACGACUGCAGCUUCGGCUACAUCCCCAACGUGGAGCUGAUGAAGUUCAUCUCGCUGGCCACCUUCGGCUCGUACCUGGCCAGCUGCCCCGCGGUGGCGCCGGGCAGCCGCGACAUGAACGCCUACCACCGGGCCUUCCUCACCUACUCCUUCCUGAAGACCCCCGAGUCGCUCAACGCCGAGUACUUCUGCGUCCCCCAGCACAGGCUGUUCAACGAGCACCUGGUCUCGGCCAGCGGGAACCCGGCGCUGGUCAUGAGGCGGAAGAAGCACACGGAGAAGGAGGUCCACGCCCACCUGGUCAGCGUGGUGUCGGUGCGCCUGAGGGAGGGCUACACCAUCAGGGAGAUCAGCCUGGCCAAAGGCGGGACCCAGCUGGAGGUGAAGCUGGUGCUGCUCUGGAAGCACAACAUGCACAUCGAGUACCUGGCGGCGGCGCCGUGGCCGCUGGACGGCGGCCAGCGCAGCACGCGGGUGGAGGUGACCAUGGAGGGCAGCUACGACAUCCUGCACGACAUCAGCUGCACCCAGCGCAAGCCCAUCACCAGCCCCUACCGCACCUCGGUCAUCCGCCGCUUCUGGAACACGCUGCAGAGUAUAAACCAGACGGACCAGAUGCUGGUCCACCUCCAGUCCUUCAACUCGGCUCCAGAGAACUACACCCUCCCCGAGAGCACCAAGAAUGGCGUCCCGCUCUUCUACAUCCCCCCCGGCUCCACCACCCCGGUGCCGUCCCUGCAGCACAGCGGCUCCCAGUCCCAGUUCUCGUCCUACUGGAAGCCCAUCCUGUCCAUGGACGCCACCUUCUGGCAGCGCUGGCUGCACAUGCACCGGCUGGCCCUCAUCCUGGAGCACGACACGCCCGUCCCCAAGCACCUCCACACGCCGGGGAACAACGGGCGCUACGGCACCAUCCAGUGCCGCAUCGCCCACUCCGCCCUGACGUCGCUGCUGAGGGACUGCAGCAGCUUCGUGCUGGUGGAGGGCUACGCCUACGUCACGCUCAUCUGCAGCUCCCCAGAUCAGCCCCCCAGCUCCUUCUACCUGGUCCGCCUCAUCUCCAAGACCCCCUGCAUGGUUCUCCGCCUUGGGUUCCCCAUCGGAACGCCGGCCCACAUCAGGAACAAGAUCGUGGACGGGCUCCGGGAGCAGAUCCUCCAGCUGCGCUUCCCCCACCGCGUCCAGAGCAAAGAGGCCACGCCCAAAACCAAGAGGAGGGCGGGGCCCCAGCCCUCCCCCUCCAGGUCCCCCUCCGCCCCCCCCCUCAAGCCGCCGCUGUCCGACCGGCCCUGUGUGGUGGUCCUCAACAAGCCCCUGGAGAAGCUGCUCAUCAGGUACGAGAAGCUCCCGGCGGACUUCCGGACGCCGUCCCUCUUCAGCGCGGACAGCUGCCCCGCCCCCUCCGGCCGCGCCGCCUCCUCCACCCUGGCGUCGCUGUCGCGCUACUUCCUCCACCGGCGGUGGGUGUGGGCGGCGCCCAGCGGGCCCGGCCCGGCCGCCGCCCACGUGCACGCCGCCGCCCACGUGCUCGCCAUGCUGUCCGAGAUCCGCCUGUCGGAGGGAUUCCACUUCGCCUCCAGCGCCGAGGGAAUCAUCAACAUGGUGAUGGAGCUGCCCAUGGAGGCCGACGCCUCCACCCGGCCCGCUCCCGCACCCCUCCCGGACCGGGAGCAGCACCUGUGCACCGUGCAGUACGUCCUGUUCCCGCCGCACGCCGCCUCCACCAAGGACAGCUUCUCCACCGACGAGGACGACGGCGGCGAGGCGGACGCCGCCGACGAGCUCAGCCUGGUGACGGAGUGCUGGGUGGAGCCGCAGAGCGGGACGGCCACCGACCGCCACCGCCACCUGGAGGGCCUGGAGUACCACCAGAUCCCCGAUGCGAUCUUUCCCAGAGACCUGGUCUGCAUGUCGACCCUGAUGACUUUCGAGUACCUGAGCCAGAUGUGUCACUUUAAGGAUCACAGCUGUGCUCCGCCCACAAGGGUCAAGAUGACUUCAGACUCCGCCCACCCAGACGACAGCAUCCACACGGUGCCGUUCCAGUUCAACCUGAUGCAGCUGCUGCCCAGAUGUCAGCAGGCGGAGCUCCUCUUCGCCACCUUUGGCCCGCCGUCGGAUGGCGGCGAGCCCCCGCCCGCCGAGCCCAACGAGCUCCUGCUGGCGCUGUUCCACGGCAGCGUGGAGCGCGAGCUGAGCGACCGCCGCGUGCCGCUGGCGGACGGCGAUCACGCCGCCCUGGUGCGCCACAUCGUGGAGCGGGAGCGGGACGGCCACGCGCCGCCGUUCGGAGACGACGCCGUGAUGUCAUUCCACACCGCAGGAAGCUGUAAAGAGGUCAUGGGGUCAACCAGCACGCUGCAGAGUUGCAGCGAUGGCGUCCGGCUGGAGGAGGAGACCGGCUGCCCCGCCCCUCAGUGGCGGUGCUACGUCAGGGCGGUGGGCCCCCAGCAGCUCCUGCUCACCUUCCUGCCCUCCACCUUUGCGGACGUGGUGGCGCUGGCGGAGUCCCGGCCGGAAGCGGAGGCGGAGCCCCGCCCGAUUGGGCGGGGCCUGCUCACCUGCCCGGUCUACGUCUACAGCUGCCUGCUGGAGCAGCUGAAGGAGCAGUUGGUGCAGCCCGCCUCCGCCCGCCGGCCUCGGGACGUCUUCUUCAGGUCUCCGCCCCUGGAGCGCGGCGGGCCGCCGCCCUGGAGCGACGCCCACAAGCAGAAGGAGCCGGCCAACCACUGCAGUCUGCUGACGGAGCACUUCCACCACAGCUAUGUCAAAGGGUUGUACCGGAGCCUCCAGCAGGGCCUGGCCGUGGCUCCCCAGGACGUCCUGGUGGCCGUAGACUACUGCGAGGAGUCUCUGCAGGAAGUGGACGUCGGCGCCUUCCUGCGGGCGCUCUGCGGACACGCCCGCCACGGUAGCGGCGGCGGGGGCGAGUGGCGGCGAGCUGCAAGUGAGCCGGACGUUCCCGAGGUUCCGCUGCCCCGAUGCGAAGCCUACCCCAACCUGCACGCCGUCAUCCAGGACAAGUUCUCGUCCAUCCUGUCCCGGUUCUUCCGGAGCGUUCCGUCCAGUCCUCACUUCUUCUUCUACUGUCCCCCGUCCUCCAAGAAGGACUCGGAGGACGGAGAACCUUGCUGGCGGCCCGGCGAGGAGCCGCUGUCCGAGGCGGAGCCGGCGACCGAGGACGAAAGCCCGUCCGGCGGCGGCGUGCUGACGGAGAGCGACACCGAGCUGGUGGUGGAGUACGAGGACCUGUCCCGGUCCCCGUCGGAGUCCGACACCGUCCACCGGGACCAGGACUCCUUCAGCAGCCCGGACGGGGAGGCGGAGUCUCUGCUGGAGGCGGAGCCUCCGCCCGACCUGCCGCCCAUGUUCCUCCACCUCACCUGCUCCGUCAGCAACAAGAGCCGCCACGGCUCCGCCCCCGUCCGGACGCUGCCCACCUGCCUGGGCGAGCUGAUCUCCGGCCUGGAGAACGCGGCGGCGUUCGGCUCGGCGGACCCGGCCGAGCUGUCCGUCACGCUGGACGUCUACGUGCUGACGCUGCCGCCGGAGAUCGAGGCGACGUCCGACUUCCACCACGACAGAUACCCGUCAGAGAGCAGCGUGUCCCUGAACCGCUCGCCGGGGCUGGAGGAGGGCGGAGCCGACAGCGUCUCGGCCGACCCCUUCUCCAGGCUGCCCCUCCCCCACAAGCUGGCGGUCCUCGCCACCACGGACGAGAUCCGCUGGCUCCUGGAGGACGAGAUGGUGUCGGCGCUGCGGCGCCCGCCGGCCGCCGUGGACGCGGCGGCGCUCCGCACGGUGGCGGAGCACAUCCUGCGCUCGGCCGGCCGCCCCCACUGCCGCUGCGAGGACGUCCCGCUGCAGUUCGUCUUCGGUUCCGAGCAGUCCCUGGAGAAGUUCAAAGAGGAGUUCCGCCGGCUGGCGUUCCCCGGCUACGCGCUGAACGGCGUGGAGGAAGGGUUCUACUACAUGUCCCGCCACCGGAUCCACAAACACGCCGCCGUCGCUGCCCCCCCGGGGUUCCCCGAGGCGCCAGAUGCCGUCGUCGUCCCCGCCGAGCCCACUUCGCCUCCCGAGACGCCGUCCGGCGCCGGCCUGGCCGAGGUGGUGCCGUCCGCCUGUCAUGGCCCCAGCAGGCUCCAGAGCGUGGUCUCCAGCCAGGGCAGCGUGGACUCCGACAUGCAGGGCUACGACGGCGGCAGCAGCGACUCGGACGGCGGCAGCCCGGCGCCCGACGAGCCCGACUGGCGCUCGCCGCCCAUGCCCGACUUCUGGCUGAUGGUGGAGAUCCUCCAGGACCGGGUCAAGGUCUACUCCCACUCCAGGAGCUCCGCCCCCCAGGAGGCGGAGCCUCCGGCCGAGCACCUGCAGCUGCACCACGCCGUGGUGCGCCGGGUCGGGGACAUCUGUCGAACCGUCAAUCAGAUCCUGCUCCUGCAGGACCUCCAUGACAGCCACAUCUGUAACACCCUGCUGGUGGCCGAGAGCGAGGACGACAUCUGGAAGCCCGAGUCUGUGUACCGGCAGAGGCUCAACGUGUCUGACGACUACAGCGCAGAGGAGAGCUACCCGGCCCGGGACUACCUGGCGGCCACCAUGCAGUUCAUGCCGGGACACUUCUCCUGCGACGUGGUGUGGAGGACGGUCAUCCCCGUCCACCCCCGCCUCAAGAUGUCGCCCAACAUGGCCGUGCCCAGAGCCAUGCAGGCGCUGCGCUCCGUCCUCAACUCGUUCUGCGUGGUCAACAGGAAGAACAUGUUCGUCUACCAGGAGCGCUCCACCAAGUCCGUCUUCUACCUGCGGCUGUGCGAGACGUCGCUGCCGGAGGCGUCCCCCGACGCCGACGCCGCCCCCCCGCCGGGGCCCCGGUCCGGCCUGGCUCGGAGCCAGGAGCCGUGGAGUCCCGAGGAGCCGGACGGGUCCCGCUCAGUCGGACAGGUGGACAAGCACAUCCUGCUGCUGGUGCACGGCGUGGGCAGCGCAGGUCCGGAGAUCACCGACGAGCUGCUGAAGGUCCUGCGGAAGCGUCUGGACGAGACCACGCUGGACAUCAUCACCGUCAUGCUGGUCCGCAACUGCAAGCUGACCCCGGCCGACGUGGAGUUCAUCCAGCCGGCGGGCUCGCCGUCCACAGAGGUCAUGACCUUCCGCCUGCCGCCGUGGCUCCGCCCCCGCCUGCCGGCCGCGGCUCACUACCUCCGUCAGAACCUGCUCAUCUUCCUCCACCUGCCCAAGUACACCGACAACAACACGGCGCACCACUUCAAGCAUUACCUCCACCUGAGUGGCGACGCGGCUGACGGGAAGAUCUUCCUGUACAACAAACCGGGAGGCCAAGGAACCGGAGGGAAAGGCAUCGCGUGCAUCACCCUGUCCUUUGUUGACGCCCACGGCCGGCCCCUCCAGGACGCCGCCCCCGCCCAGAGGCCGGAGCGCGGCGCCGCCCCGCUCCACCCGGACCACUUCGAAGAGCUCACCGCCGUGUCGGCGGCGGCGGCGGCGGCGGCGGCGGACCCGGCUGACGGCGAGCUCCUGGUGCGCUUCGAUGUGUGGGAGCAGGGGAACGUCAGCCCGUCGCAGCUGAGCGAGAAGCUGCAGGCGGCGCUGCGCCACGCCCUGGCCGACCUGGUGAUGGAGCUGCGGGUGCUGCCCCACCCGCUGUGCACGGGCGCAGGCCAGAAAGAGGUCAAAGGUCACGGCUCGCCCGAGGACCGAGACGGGAAGGAAGGCCUCCAGCAGCGGACCGGCUCGCGGAUCAUCCAGCCGGCGGGGGCCGGACUCUUUGUCGGGGGCGGGGCCAAUCCCGAAUCGACCACGCCCACUGGGAAGAGCACCCGCCGGAGCUUCUGGGACAUCCUGAGCAAACCCGAGUCGGCAGAACUGGGCAGUCCGAAGACCACCGAUGACAUCGUGCCGGAGCGAGGCGAGGAGGGCCGAGCGGCGCGGCGGCGCCACAAGACGGAGAGCGUGAAGCAGCAGUGGAGCCUGGAGAGACCGGUGGAACCGGAGCAGAACCAGCGGCGGGCCAGCCGGACUCUGCUGGACCAGGGCCUCACCGGAAACCUGCACCCGGUCUACCAGGACACCUGCGAGUCCUGGAUCACCUUUAUGGUGAAACUCGGGUGUCCCUCCAUCCAGCACUGCUCCACUCAGGUCUCUGCUCACUUCCUGGUUCCUUCAGUCCUCAGCGAGAUCAUGAGUCUGGUCUCUUCUCUGGCCGGUGACACCACGGUCAAGGCCUUCAGUGCUCCUCCGUCGGCGGGCGUCUUCCUCCCGUUCUCUCUGGACCAGAACCCGGUUCUUCCCCCUCUCUCGCCCCAGAGCGUCAUCCUGAUCGGCCGUAACUUCCAGCAGUGGUCCUGCAGCUCGGAGCCAGACGACAGUCCGGACGAGGAGAACGCCGCGGCACACCAUCGCUUCAUCCCUCAUAAAGGUCUACAGCGCUUCGAGGCUCUGGAGCACUGCGACGGACCGGGACCGGGACCGGGACCGGGACCAGGACCGGGACCGGGACCGACGCCGACCGGGGAAUCAUUCGGGCCCAGGCAGCGCUUCCUGUUCAUCAGUGUCCGCAACAAGAAGGUGGCGCUGUACAGCUACAACUGGUCGGUGGACCUGGGCGUGUCUCUGAACCGGGAGCUGGCGCGCCUGGUGAAGUGGCAGAACGCCCGGGCCCACGUGCUGCACUGCCUGCUCCACCAGAAGAUGGGGCUGUUCCACCACUACUGCUUCUCCGACGCGCCCGCCCACCACAUCCACUCCGAGCAGGACCCCAAUCCGUUCCUGGGCCCCUCCAUGGAGCCGGACGCCCUGCUGCGCAGCGCCGUGCCGCCGCUCCCCAGCAAGGACCCGGGCCGGCUGGCGGCGGCGGGGCGGAGCCUGGCGCCGCUGCACUUCCCGUCGGAGCUCCUCCCCUUCGACGAGGCGCUCCGGGAUGUGUGCGCGGUGCGCGGCCUGCCGGACGGCGACGCCGUGGCCCGGCACGGAGGCCAGCUGCUGGAGACCAAGGCCGCCGAGCGCAGAGAGCUGGAGAAGCAGAUGAAGAUCGAGAACCUGUUCGUCACGUGGCAGCAGCGGUCGGCUCAGUCCAACAUGCCCAUCUCGGCGGCAGACCUGGAGACCCUGAAACAGUCGUCCAGGCUGGUCCACUAUUGCGCCACGCCCCUCCUGUUUGACCCCGCCUUCCGCCGGCAGAUCCAGGAGGAGCAGGCUCCGGGCAAGAAGCGUCACCGGUCCAACGACUCGGCGGCGUCGGGCCGGGACCGCAGCCACAGCGGCGACUCCGGCGACAUCCCGCCGGGCCGGCCCAAGGAGGAACCCUGGCUGCUGGAGAUCUGCUCCACGUUCCUGCAGCAGUACGUCCAGUACCUGCAGAGCCUGGGCUUCAUCCUGGUCCAGGUCCGGCCCCAGAGCCCGGCCCGCAGCAUCGCCCGAGCCCGAGCCGCCCUGCUGAGCUCCACCGAGGGCCGCAUGUCGUUCUCCUACGUGAAGCAGAAGAGCGAGGAGAGCAGCCCCAAGAUGACGGUGUCGGGCACCACCGCGUAUCACCUCCAGAGGGCUCUGCCGGGCGGCAUCGUGCUGAUGGAGUUAGCUUUUCAGGGUUCUUACUUCUGCGUCAAGCAGUACGCUCUGGAAUGCUCCCGCAUCCCCAUGGGCCAGACGGUCAACUCGCAGGGCGGCCUCCUCGCCAAACCUCGUUGCAAGCCGUUCCCGGACGGCGCGCCGGUGUCUGACUGUGCGCUGUCCAUGAUCUUCACCGAGGAGUGCGACCGGGUCCGGGACCUGAUGCACCUGCACCCCUUCAGCCACGACUUCCACCUGCGGGUGGCGCACCAGCACCUGCUGGGCCUGCAGCCGCUGCGGCCGGGCUACCAGCUGCACCUCUUCCUGGACCACUUCCUGGAGCGGCCGCCCGACGGCGGCGGCGGCGGCGGGGCCCGCUUCUCCAGGAACCACGUCUGCCAGGGAACGUUCUCCGCCUCCACCGGCUCCACGUCGGCCCACCAGCUGUACAACUACGUGACGGACCACGCCGGCUCCUACGGCCUCAAGCCGCUGCGCAUGUCCCGGACGUCCGGCGGCGCCGACGGGAAGAACGAGUACGCGCUGGUGUCCCUGUGGACCAGCUCGGGCUCCUACCGGGACCCGGAGGGCCUGCAGAACCACGACGACUUCGACGUGUCGCUGGUGGCGUUCCACGACGCGGCGCCCUUCGAGGAGCAGGCGGACGGCGAGCGCAACCUGCUCCGGCUGCGGUUCUACGUGGUCCUGACCAGCCAGCGGGAGCUGUUCCCCCGCCUGACGGCCGACAUGCGGCGCUUCCGGAAGCUCCCCGUCCACCGCGAGGAGAACCCGGAGAGCCCGGACCCGCCCCCGGAGGGCCGGUCCCGCGUGCCGCCGCCGCCACCGCCGCCCACGUCCCCGCUCCUCCAGAACGAGGCGGCGGCGGCGCGGCGCCUGAUCCAGGGCGCGGUGGAGCAGGCGCUGGGCCACUGUCGCCGCGACAACCUGUGGAGGCGGCUGUUCCACGGAGAGCACGCCCCGGAGCGCCUCAAGCUGCACCGGCUGACGUUCGGCGAGCUGCAGGAGCUGCUGGAGAACGUCCAGAGCUGCUCGGUGGGGGACGUCGACCCGCAGCUGGAGGGGUUCCUCACCAUGAACCCGGCCUGGUACCAGAGCCUCAUCAAGGUCCUGCUGAACCGGUUCCCUCAGAGCUGCAGACACUUCGACGACGGCGGCGGCGUGCAGUACCUGGCCGUGCUGAACCAGAAGUUCACCGACUGCUUCGUCCUGGUCUUCCUGGACUCUCCGGCGGGGAACACGAGCCUGAAGGUGGUGUUCCGCGAGCCGCUGCCGCCGCCGCCGCCGGCCCCCGGGGGGAACCCGCCCCCCCAGCUGGUGUCCAUGUUCCACCACCUGGAGUCCGUCAUCAACGCCGCCUGCUUCAACCUGUGGACCGGCCUGCUGUGAGCCGGCGCCGGUCUCCCCCCCCUCCCCCCGGCUGUGUAGAUAUUUAUAUAUA